AGCCAGGUGUGGGGCAUUUUGUGAGGCAGUUGUUCCUCAUUUCUGAUCCUGCGGUGACAAGUAGAAGAGCUGCAGACAGGUGUGUGAGAGGAGAAAAACCUCAGUUCCAAGUGGAGUUGAUUACUAAUAGAUGACUCCUUAAACAUGUUGGAUCCAAGAGGGAAUGAAACCAGAGGAAGCCAGAGUCUGUCAAUGGGGGCCAACUUCAUAAACGAUACAGGCACUGAUCCCAAGCUACCAGAAUACGCUCAAGCCGUCCACAAGAAGAACACUGUGAAGGAACUGCUAUUGCUGAGACGCCAGAAAUGGAACUGCUCCCAGGAAGACAACAACAUUGAGCAUAAAUUCAAAUUUGCAAAAUCUGAAGCUUUCUCCAACGACAUGAGUUGUCAUCGGUUUGGCCAUCCAGCCCCAGUAAACUUCAAUAUUACCAAUCAAUGGGCUCCCGAAAAUGGUAAUAUUACCCCACAGCUAACGCAACAUCCAGCUCUGUGGGGACAAGAGGCUCCGACUGCUGAAGUGAAAAUGACUUUAUUUCACUGGCAAAUACAGCAAGAGGCACAAAAACUUGAAGGAAUUUCUCCAGAGCUGCUGAACAUGCAAGAUGUGGAUGGUGACACAUUCCUUCACAUAGCAGUGGCACAAGGUAGACGGGCUCUGGUGUACGUGCUCGCUGCACAUAUGGCCAGAUGUGGCUCUGUGGACGUGAAAGAACACAACGGGCAGACGGCUCUUCAGUUAGCAGCUGCCACCAAUCAGCAUUUGAUUAUCCACGACCUGUUGACACACGGAGCGCAGAUCAACACUCGAGACCUCUGGGGCCGCUCUCCUUUGCAUGUGUGUGCUGAGAAAGGCCACUUGCUCAGUCUUCAGAGCAUCUGGAGGACGUUAUCGGAAGGUGACAGGCAGCCGCUUGAUAUUGAAAUGUUCAAUUAUGAUGGUUUAACUCCGCUGCAUGCAGCAGUCCUGACUCACAACGCCGUUGUUAAAGAGCUGAGGAAUCUGGGAAACCCUUGUUCAUACAUGAAAAUGGAGCUGGGGCAGAGGAGACAGAAGCAUGUUGAAUGUAUUAAGACUCUGCUGCUCAUGGGCGCCUCCUUUGGGACAAGGGAUCUGAAAAGUGGACGGACGUGUCUUCACAUGGCCUCUGAGGAGGCAAAUUUGGAGCUGCUGAGCAUUUUCCUUGACCAGCCGUCUUCACUGUCCAUCGUAAAUGUCCCGACAUUCAGUGGAAACACCGCCCUGCACGUUGUCAGCGCUUUGCAAAAUCAUAAAACUCAAGUAGAAGCAGUAAAUCUGCUGAUGAGAAAGGGAGCCGACCCCGGCACCAGGAACUUUGAAAAUGAACUGCCGUCUCAGCUGGUGCCUGAAGGCCCCGUCGGUGAAAAGGUGCGGCAGAUCCUGAAAGGAAAAUAUUUUCAUGCUUAAGCGAAGCUCAAGAACACUGUCAGUCAGACAGUCCACACUAACUAUUAUUUGCCAAAAUAAGGCAGAUUGUGGUUGUUUCAGUGAAACAUUUCACAUUGUUCAUUACCAUGUAAUGCCCAAAGAGAAGAGGUUUUUGUGUUUUAGCUCUAUAGAUAAAGUUUAUACAUUAUUGUUUUUGGCAAUAAUCUGAUAUGUUUAAUAUUUUUUAAGGUUUGAUGAUUCAUGGUUAUUGCUUACAAGUUUUGUUUUUAGAUUUAUGGAGGAUUCAAUCAUGGGUUCUGGUGUUUUUUUUAGUUUAGUUUGAAACAAUUUCACUGCUAUACCAUUUGCAUAUUGUUGUUUAUUUGGUUGAGUUGGAGGUAUGAAUGGAAAUGUUGUACUGCAUGUCAUAUAUCAACAGUUAUUUUUAAAUCAUCUGUAGUUCCUGUAGAAAAUGUAUGAUUACUCCACUGACAUUUUAUUGCAAAAAUGUUAUUGUGUGAUGUUUUAUCAUUUUCAUGAGAUUUCUUUUUUUUUUUUUUGGUUUAGUUAAAGGGGAUGGAAACAGUUGACACAAAGUUGUAUUUUGGUGUCUAUAAAGUCAAAAUGUUGAUUAUCAUCUAACUUGAACUUGAUUUCGUACAUGCUUAAGUUUGUUUUAGCUGAUCUGGAUGUCUCAAAUUAUCAAUUGAAGUUCAUGAGAGAGACCGAUGAAGGGGUUUAGAAGUGAAACUGAUAUUUUUCUAGUAGUAUCCAACAAUAUUUAUGACUGUCAUUCAGUCCAAUCUGGUAUUCAAAUUCAUUUUUGCAUUUCCUUCCAAAACAUCGAUCUUCCAGUUACCCCUGGUCUGUAUUCAACAUUGUUUCUGUUGACUAUUUGUGUCAGUUUGUGAAAAUACUGUAAUCAUUUUUCAAUAAA